CCGGUUGCCGCCAUGAUAGAACAACAGAAGCGUAAGGGCCCAGAGUUGCCGCUGGUUCCAGUCAAGCGGCAGCGGCAUGAGUUGCUACUGGGAGCGGGGUCGGGCCCGGGAGCCGGGCAGCAGCAGGCGACGCCGGGAGCUUUGCUGCAAGCGGGACCUCCAAGGUGUUCCUCCCUUCAAGCCCCAAUCAUGCUGCUCUCUGGACAUGAAGGGGAAGUAUACUGCUGCAAGUUCCACCCCAACGGAUCCACCUUAGCAUCUGCAGGAUUUGACCGACUGAUAUUGUUGUGGAAUGUCUAUGGUGACUGUGAUAACUAUGCCACACUGAAAGGACACAGUGGAGCAGUGAUGGAAUUGCAUUACAACACAGAUGGCAGUAUGCUCUUCUCAGCAUCCACAGAUAAAACUGUGGCUGUGUGGGAUAGUGAAACAGGCGAGAGGGUUAAAAGGCUAAAGGGACAUACCUCCUUUGUGAAUUCCUGUUAUCCAGCCAGGAGAGGCCCUCAGCUUGUCUGCACUGGCAGUGACGAUGGCACAGUUAAGCUUUGGGACAUCCGGAAGAAAGCAGCCAUCCAGACAUUUCAGAACACGUACCAGGUGUUAGCUGUGACCUUCAAUGACACAAGUGAUCAGAUUAUUUCUGGUGGAAUAGACAAUGAUAUCAAGGUCUGGGACCUGCGCCAGAACAAGCUAACCUACACCAUGAGAGGCCAUGCAGAUUCAGUGACUGGCCUGAGUUUAAGUUCUGAAGGCUCUUAUCUUUUGUCCAAUGCAAUGGACAAUACAGUUCGUGUCUGGGAUGUCCGGCCAUUUGCCCCCAAAGAGAGGUGUGUAAAGAUAUUUCAAGGAAAUGUGCACAACUUUGAAAAGAACCUUCUGAGAUGUUCUUGGUCACCUGAUGGAAGCAAAAUAGCAGCUGGCUCAGCCGACAGGUUUGUGUAUGUGUGGGAUACCACAAGCAGGAGAAUAUUAUAUAAGCUGCCCGGCCAUGCUGGCUCCAUCAAUGAAGUUGCUUUCCACCCUGACGAGCCCAUCAUUAUCUCAGCAUCGAGUGACAAGAGACUGUAUAUGGGAGAGAUUCAGUGA